CGCCUCACUUCAAACGCUCCACUCUCCAAGCUUUUGGGUCUCUCUCUACGCCCAGGACACAUAGCCAUGGCCAUGGCCACUGCGAACCAGGACGGCGCCGCGACGUUCCACGACCAUCGCGGAGGUACAGCAGCGACGGAGCUCCACGGCCGGACGAUCUCCUCCGAGCAGGAGCACGGCAUCAUCGUCGCCGCGCUGCGGCACGUCGUGUCCGGGUACACCACGGCGCCGCCGGAGGUCGUCGUCGCCGUGGCGUGCGGGCGGUGCGGCAUCGACGGCUGCCUCGGGUGCGACUUCUUCGGGGCCACCGAGCCGGAGGCGGUGGCGGUGGCCGUACCCGUGGGAGGGGUGCAGAGGAAGCGGCGGAGGAAGAAGAACGUCUAUCGCGGCGUGCGGCAGCGGCCGUGGGGCAAGUGGGCGGCGGAGAUCCGCGACCCGCGCCGCGCGGUGCGCAAGUGGCUCGGGACCUUCGACACCGCCGAGGAUGCCGCGCGGGCGUACGACCUCGCCGCGCUCGAGUUCCGCGGCCCACGAGCCAGGCUCAACUUCCCGUGCUCCGACGAGCCUCUGCCUGGACACGGGAGCGACAAUGGUGGCGGUGGCACUGGCGCGGCGCCGCAGAACGAGACUCUGACGACGCCGUCGCCGUGCAGCACGGACGCUGGCCAGAGGACGCCGGGAGAAUGGCAGCUGGGUGCGGACGGAGCCGGCGACCAGGUGUGGGAAGGCUUGCAGGAUCUCAUGACGAUAGAUGGACAGGACCCAUGGUUCGCGCCAUUUUCGAGUCCAGCAUAAGUGUAUCUGGAAUCUUUGUAUAGAAUUAGUGGUUACUGAUAAUGAUAGAUACCAGCUGUUAGAAUAGACUAACCGAGAACCGUAGUAGUGAUUUGUUCGUUCAAUUUGUUGAGACAAAGCAUUGCUAGCACAGAGUCGUUACAUUUGUUAAGCAUCACGAAGUUGUCUCUGUUUACUAACGAUUGUACUGUUUUAUCACCUGAAUUAAGAAACGAACGCACGGUGUUAUAUCA